UAAUUCACUGAAACACAGAAAGCUGUAGUGGCGUUAUAAUGUUAUUAAGUCAUACAUAACUCAAAAAAAGAUAAUCUUGAGUCGUUUUACAACCCACAGUACUAAUGAAAGUUGUAGACUCUAGUCCAUUUUUUUAUUUUCUUCACAUUAUUUGUGUUAGGUGCAUUGAGCUGUUGUAAGGAUGUGUUCUCAUAGAGGCCCACGAGGAGCAUGUCACUGAUCCUGUUUGCCUUUGUGGUCCGGGUCAGGGAUGCUCUCCCUCUCUCCGCCUCCACUGAUUUCCUGCAUGACAAGGAGCUUCAGGAGAGAAAGCAACAGCUGAAAGUGAUCUCUAAAUCCCUGAGCUUAUUACCAGAGAGAGGGACCGUCAAGGGCCAUGAGCUAAACAUUUACUUCCUCUCAUCCGAGGGCGUGUCAUACAUGACCGUAUGUGCAUGUAGUCUCCCUGCUGCCGUGGCCUUCUGCUUCUUGGAAGACUUGCGCUGGGAAUUCACAGCAUGUUUUGACAACUCUGCAGUGGCCCUGGCAAACAGGCCAUACCCAUUUCUAGAGUUUGAUAGUGUCAUUCAAAAACUGCAGCAACAUUACAGUCAGAGUAGUGGUCCAUCUCUUGAAGUAACCCUGGCCGAGGUACUGGAGGACCUCAGGACCAGCCCCCCUCAGGUUCUCACCAUGGAGGACGUGGUACUCACCAAUGGAGCAGCCAAUGGGCAUGUUGAACAAACAUCUGCGUCAGGUCAAGGUCAGAGGUUGGAACCAGUCUCAGCUCCUGGAAUUCUUUCCCUGGUUCUUAACAUCAUGUGUGCUGCCCUCAACCUUAUACGUGGUGUCCAUCUUAUUGAAAACACCUUCCAGGAUGAUUAUGAUGGCUUGUGGAAUGUGGUGGCGUUUCUUUUGGCAUUUGUCUGCUGUGUUUGCCAGUGUCAUUUAUAUUUGUUCCACACCUGCCAGAAGAAGCUGAAAUCAUGCACUCUUCUGACUGUCAUCAUCUUCUGCAAUGCUUCUCUCUUUGGCCUGAGGAACAUCUGGCAGCUGGUCUUCCACAUGUCCGUGGCCUGCCUCUCCACCCUGCUCACCCUCCACCGCAAACUGUUGGACAGGAAUACGGACUGUGGAGUAUGAGGACUCCAGUUCACUCCUACAGAGCUGCUUUAGAUUGGGCAAUGGUAGAGUGAGAUUGGUACACUGGGAGACUUAUGAAAAGAACAAAUUAACUUGACCUGGUGGUUUACGUAAACUGACAUUUAGCUUUUGGUUUUAUCUGAAGUUGUGAUUUAAAUGUUAAUUUUGUGUCACAUGGAUAGUGAGCGCAAUAGCAUUUUUACUGGGGUCUUCAAUUACAUUUAUGCAUAACAAAAAGUUUUAAAUUAUGCAUUAUGAAUGUAAUAAGGUAUGAAAGAGAUAUCAAGUAAGCAUUCAGUUGGUUCUAUUUUAAUUUUAUUUAUUUUCUGCAUAAUAAGACAAUUUACCAUUGUUUAAGUUAAUGUAAACUAUAAUAAUCAUGGUUUGUUCUCUUUGUUUACCUUUUUGUAGAACGGGUUAAUUUGUGGUCAGUUUAAUUGUUAUGAAACUAUAAAUACACAUCAUCACAUGUAUUUGACUGAAAGUGAGCAUGGUAAUGGAUCCUGGUGAUUCUGUCUUUUAUAGAUAUUUAAAUAUCAGACAUUUAUAGAAUGAAAGUACUUUUAUGCUCUUUUUAAAUGAAGCGUGAUCCCCAUCUUUUCAUUUUGGACAAUGUCUGUUAGGUAGUUAUAGGCUGCACCAUAAUACCUUACAGUACAUUGUUGUAUUAAGUACUAUAAUUUGUAUAUUAAACUAAACUUAUGCCAUUUUUUACACAUAGGAUAAAUUUGUUUAAGCUACCUUUUUAUGAUACUCAUUCCAAAGACUAUAAACCUGAAGUCAUUUCAAAAAGUUAUCAUAAUGCAUUAUUCCUUUAUUAUGACAAAGUUGGCAAGGAAUAAGUAAAAAUUUAUGACAGGUGCUAAAGAAUUGCAGCAACUUUUAUGUGUUGAAUUUGUCUAAAAUUCACAUCUAUUUUCUUAACAUAAAAGCUGAUUAUUUACAAAUGUUUAUCCUUUGUCAAUAUGCAUUUUAUUUCAUUUACAGAACUUAGUUUACAUAUUUAAUAUGUAAUUACUUUAUUUGCACUGUGAUUCUUUAUGAAGUAGACAAAACUUGAGAUUUUGUUUAAAGUUAUUGUUGCAGCAGGAAGUAUUAUGAUUUGACUGAGGAAGCAAUUUUAUCCUGAAUAAAUGUAAGACUUAA